CGGCUCCGUGCUCGCGCUGCCUGCGGCUCGCCCUCACACCUACGCUCCAUGAGCAUGACUCGCCCACUCGAUCACCAACCGCGCGAGAGACGACCACCUAUAAAUCCCGUCUCCCCUUAAACCCUCCCGGGAUUCAAGCAUUCCGCCCAGCAAACGCACCAAACCGCCCGUGGUGUUUUACGUCGUAGCGCCGCGGGCAGCAGCAGCGGCGUGCCUGUGCCAUGUCGAGCGAGGUGACGUCGGUUCCGCCGACGCCGACGCCGCCGCCGGUGUCGACCCCGCCGUCGCAGAUACAGUCACCGGCGGCGCCGGCGAGCAGCCGGGCGUCGCCGCUGCGGGGGAUGGGGACGCCGAACAUCGCCAGCCCCGUGAGGAAGGCGGUGGCGAGCGUGAGUGGCUACCUGGGUGAGGUCGGCCAAAUGACGCGGCUCGCCGACCCGCGCGACGCCUGGCUGCCCAUCACCGAGUCCCGCAGCGGCAACGCCUACUACGCCGCGUUCCACAGCCUCAGCUCCGGCAUCGGCUUCCAGGCGCUCGUGCUCCCCGUCGCCUUCUCCCUUCUCGGAUGGACAUGGGCGAUCAUCUGCCUGACCGUGGCGUUCGCGUGGCAGCUCUACACGCUGUGGCUGCUCGUCAAGCUCCACGAGCCCGUCGCUGGUGGCACCCGGUACAGCCGAUACAUGUACCUCGCCACCACCGUCUUCGGCGAGAAAUGGGGGAAGAUACUGGCGUUGCUCCCGGUCAUGUACCUGUCGGCGGGCACCUGCACGGCGCUCAUCAUCGUCGGCGGCGGCAGCAUGAAGCUGCUGUUCAACAUCGCGUGCGGGGAGGUGUGCCUGGCCCGGCCGCUGACGACCGUGGAGUGGUACCUCGUGUUCGUCUGCGUCGCCGCGCUGCUGUCCCAGCUCCCGAACCUCAACUCCAUCGCCGGCGUGUCGCUCGUCGGCGCCACCGCGGCCGUCGCGUACUGCACCAUGAUCUGGGUCGUGUCCGUGGCCAAGGGGAGGGUGGCCGGCGUGUCCUACGACCCGGUCAGGACCACCGACGAGGAGGACGGCGCGAUUGGUAUCCUGAAUGGCCUCGGCAUCAUUGCGUUCGCGUUUAGGGGGCACAAUCUUGUGCUCGAGAUUCAGGCCACAAUGCCAUCAACUCUGAAACAUCCUUCUCACGUGCCGAUGUGGAAGGGCGUCAAAGCUGCCUACGUCAUCAUCGCACUCUGCUUGUACCCUGUGGCCGUUGGUGGCUUCUGGGCUUACGGCGACCAGAUACCACCAAAUGGGAUCCUGAGCGCGCUGUACAAGUUCCACAGCCAGGACGUGUCCAGGGUGGUGCUGGGGACUGCGACGCUGCUGGUGAUCGUCAACUGCCUGACCACGUAUCAGAUCUACGCGAUGCCGGUGUUCGACAACAUGGAGACCGGGUACGUCCACAAGAAGAACCGGCCGUGCCCGUGGUGGAUGCGCGCCGGCUUCCGCGCCCUCUUCGGCGCCAUCAACCUCCUCAUCGCCGUCGCGCUGCCGUUCCUGUCGGAACUCGCCGGCCUCCUCGGGGGGAUCUCGCUGCCGGUCACGCUGGCGUACCCGUGCUUCAUGUGGGUGGCGAUCAUGAGGCCGGCCAAGGGCACCGCCAUGUGGUACACCAACUGGGGGCUGGGAAGCCUUGGCAUGGGUCUGAGCUUCGUGCUCAUAGUUGGGAAUCUCUGGGGCCUUGUGGAGAAAGGCCUGCAUGUGAAGUUCUUCAAGCCUGCGGAUUUCCAGUGAGAAAACUGCAAAUGCAGCAAAACCUGUGAAACCGACGGAAAACGCAAUGUAGUGUGGUGAUUUUGUCUUUUCUCAGCACAACUGUAAUAGGUUGAUUUUGUUUAGAAGCUAUGCUCUAAUAACACUUCAACAUUACUACCAA